GAAUCUUAUCUUGGCUUCAGCCUUCCGCCGACGAGCAUCAGGGGUCAUCCGGCAUGUGUCCUUUAUAUCGCCCAGAGCCUCAGAGCCGAGGACACGUUCUGGGGGCUCUUCCAUACCGCUGUGGAGUUUCAGCGCAUUUACAGGGCCUGCAAGUUCCUUCCGCCCCCUUGCUGUGUGCAGCUUCAGCACAAAGCAUUACCACCAAGACCUGGCGGCGGUUGAAAAUCAAAAAACACAAGAUCCGGAAGCGAAGACGGUUGAGUCGCAAGGCGUCAAAGUGAGGGGGCCAAGCCUGGCAACAUGGGGGGCUGUGGCUGAUUCCUACACUUCAGCUGCCAGUUUUGGUUGCUUUCUGUUCUUGGUGCGCCCACAUCUCUUCACCUAGGGCCCUGAUAUCGUCCCCCUCUCUCUCUCUCAAUCUCUGUUGCGGGGAGCAACAUAAGCCACGCUGUGCAUCUGUUUGUAUGAGUUUGCUAAUGCAUGCCAAGUCUGUGUUGGUGUAUGUCAGUACCACAAGAGGUGACUUUUCGGCAUGAAAGGUUGCACUGCUCCAGGGGACCUAGAGGAGCGCCGGGGCUAGGUGGAGAGGACGACGCCUCUGCAGCUUAGGCGGCAUAUGGUUGUAUCGGUGUCGCGACGAAGUGUGCCCGCACACGCGCCCGGGCCGCAAAUAAUACUGACCGACCUCGACACACGCACUACUCAGUAUUGUGCCAUUCCCUCGAACCCCGCUUGGAUUACCCUGCGAUUGCCUCUGUUCAACCCUCUGGUGUUGUUGAUUCCCAUCGUAACACACAGCCAUCCAGGCAAGGGUUAACUGAUGGGCAGAACGGUUGGCUUUGUUUAGUUGGUUGGCCGAUUGUCUGGCUGCGAGCAUAUACGUGUAUCUGCUGGUGGACGCUGAGGGUAGGUGGCGGCGGGAUGUGCAGUUAAUGUGUUAGGUGGACGUCUUCCUGCUGCGGUGCUUAGGGUGGGCUUGGUCCUGAUGCUGCUUGUGCUUGUGCUUGUGCUGGCUCGGGGGUUCCGUUUGUCCUGUCUGAAGGUCGAUAAGGGUCGCCAAUUGACUGUGAAGUCAUUGCACCCAGACCAAUUCCAUCUUCGACCUGUGCGCCUUGCUAGUAAGGUUAGACCACCCAAACUUCUGGUGCCUGGAUUUGCGCGUACUCCAUCGACCACGUUUCUAUGCUCGGCGGGCGUCGCUCACCCUGGCGAGGAGGCGAACAAGGGCCACUUCAAUGGACAGUUCGAUCCCAAUUUGUCAGUUCCAAAUGUAGUUGCAGCUAAAGGUGGUGGUGGUCAGAAUUUUGGCUCUGGAGGAAGCUUGGGGGCGGUAAUGGAGCGCAGCCGCUUGGAGUUCGUCAUGCCUACGCCUCCUGCCGUGGCGCCGAAGCUGGAUGAUGGCGGUAGCGGUGGUGAUAUUGGAAAGAAUAUUCAUAACGGUGGCGGUGGUGGUGACGGUGACGGUGGUGACGACGACGACUACUUCAACGAGGACGGCGAUGGCGACGGAGAGGGGGAUGGCGAGGGCGGAGAUGCCUUUUUCCGGACCCUUAUUCCGGAGUCUUAUGAUAAAUUAUCGAUUGGGGCGGUGUUUGCGGAAUGGAUGCGGACGGUCGCGGAGCUGCCACUCAUCCUUCGGAGAGCUGUGGAGAUGGGUCUAUUCAGCUCGGCGCAGCUUGUCCGCUUUUUCGCCAUGGACGUGCGUCCCAAUCUGACACGCACUGUGUCGCGCUCUCUCCCGCCCGCGUGGGCCCGCGAUUUUGUGGGACGUCUAAUGGCGGAUCCAGCCUUCGUUCAGAAGAUGGUCAUUGAGUCGGUCAUUGCAGCUUGCUCGUCCUUGUACUACGAGUACCGCGUACGGGGCGACAAGUUUAAGGACGAGCUGGACAUGGUGCUCAUUAAUACAAUCGGCAUGGCGGCUGCAACAAGCGCCACAGUAUGGAUGGUGGCGCCUACUCGCUCCUAUGGCACUGUGCACAAGUUCCCCUGGCAGCAGUCCCGCGUCGCGGCCUUCUUCUCCAAGGCAGCAGAGCUGUCAGCGGUGGGUCUUCUCACCGGUGCCGGCACCUCGCUCCUCUCCUCGGCUGCCGUAGCGCUGCGGCAGAAGUACGUGGACCCCAACUUUGAGCCCAGCGUGCCGGUACCUGACGUGGCCCGCAGCUCAGCUGGCCUCGCAGCGUUCUUUGCUCUUUCAGCCAACACUCGCUACCAGCUCGUCGGAGGUAUGGACCGAUAUCUCCUGGGGCACAGCAACUUCCUGUGGACGUAUCUGGCCAUGAGCGGCGCGGCUCGUGUUGUCAGCAACCAAAUUGGCGAGACGCACCGAUCACUUUGCCAAGGCUUGCCGAAUCCGUCGGCCCAUCCGCGCCGCCGCGUGGUCAAGAAGAAGGUUGUGCGGCGAAAAGUAGUUAAACCCGCGGCGGCGCCGGUGCCAGAACCGGCAGCAACUGCAGUAGCAGUGCAGCCGGCAGUGGAGUCGCAGGCGGCAGAUCUGCCGUCAACGUCGGGGCAGAUGGCCGCGGCGACAACUUCGCUACUGCAAGCGGAGCGGACAGGUAAUGCGGACAUGGAGUUGGUGUUAGACCAGGUGCUGGCAGUUGCCGGACCGUCUUCGGGCGAGCGGCUAGGUCAGGCGAUGGUUGAGGUGCACGCUGCGACACCGUCGGGUGACAUGGCGCACCAUGAGGGCGUGGCGGGGCACGCGGGCUCGGUGUUAAGUACUUCACCAUCGCCCACUACUACGUCGGCAUCUCAGCAGAACGCGGACUCCGCAAUUGAUUUCAAUGCGCUCAUGGCGCUGCAGUCGAGUGCGACGCUAGAGCAAUUGUCAGCGCAGCAGCAGCUUCAGGAUCGGGUCCUGGCCGCCGCGGCGGCAGGCGCUGGGCAGCUGCUUGCAGCUGGCCAGCGUUGAGCAGCGGCAGAAAACGGAGGAUUGAGGCCGGUUAGGUAUAGAAGAGCGUGAGGUGACGCACCGUGCGUGUGGAUGAGGCCGCAUGUUGGAUGAGCCCGCCGCUGCGGCCUGUAGGGCCAUGCGAGCUGUUUGAUGAUCGGAGCGCGUUUCCUGAGCGCGUGUGCACUAUGUUUCUUGUAUGUUUUACCCAUGAGAGUGCGGCGCAAGUGUGUCGAGGGCCGUAUGCUGCACUGGCGGGAUGGAUAGGAGUGCGACGAAGACAGGAAGUGGAGCGGUAGGCCGCAAUUGCAAUCGUGUAGUUGCGGAGCGCUGGUGAUGAUCCUGCGCGUGUGGCCACAGGACAUGUCGGUUGUGACUGUCCGUCUCAAGUCGUUUGGUGGGGAGUGUCUGCUUUUUGCAUCUAUGGUUACAUGUCCGCGGCAUGUCUGUUACGAUAAGCUGCCUGCUGUCAUCUGCCUCACGAAGAUGAGCUGGGUGCGUGUGUGGCCGAAUUGUGGUAUGGUAUGGCGUAUUGUUGUGGCCAGGUGGUUCGGCAGCGCAACACAGCGCAGCAGGCCGGGGAGAGGCUUCGCCGUUCUCGAGCCUGGCGUGGUGAACUGCUGGCAUCUUUGUGUAACAGACCCUGCCGUAAACGACGGGUACCUGGCAAGAAAGCGGACACGGUCUGCCAAUGUGCAAUGCAUGCUUAACUACAACAAGAUGUUUAUUUUCUAUACAGUUUGGAUUUGGUUUUUGAUGCAUGACGCGUGGUUUCUGGUGGGCCCUGGCUGCGUUUUAGGCCUGCACCGAGAGGGGCAUAGCUAAACGAUCCCCACACCGCAGGGAAGCCCAGGCAGCGUCCGCAUUCGUGCACGCCGGCGCGAGGGGAUGUUCGGAGUCAUGGUAUUCGGUGAUUUGUAGUUGAUGGUGCAUAAUACCCUCUUGAUCCUGUCAUGCUGCAUUCCUACACCAAAUCUGCCUGCUUCUUACGAGCCAUAAUCCCCUACCGACCGAUGGCGAUGGCGUAGUCGGGACGUAAACAUUUCUUAGGCUGCAACGCUUGCUAUCGGCUCUCAUGUUCCACUGUAACAACACUUAUAAC